UAUCCAACAGAUGCUAGCCAAUGCAAAGCUAAUGGCUCAGGCCUAUCUUAUGCUCUUGCUAAUCAAGAAAAUUUCAUUUCUGUCGAUACUAGUCAAGCUGGCCAAGGUGAAUUAAGGAUCGAUAUGCAUGGAGUGCAUGAACAGCCUAAGCUCACUUUGAAAGAAGAAGGAGAUCGAAAUUUUAUACUAUCUUAUCGCGCAAGUAAACCUGGCGCUUAUUUAUUAAAUAUUCGAUGGGCUGAUGAUCAUAUACCUGGUAGUCCAUUUAAAAUUAAUGUU